UUGUUCAACGUGUUAGUGCUAUUUGUGAUUGAUAUGCUAAUUAGUGAGAUAGUAAUGCACUAGGACUUCAUACUGGUCCCACUCAUAGAAAAUUGUGAAGAUGGCCUUUGUGUAUCCGGGGCAUACAAACUUUGUAUUAAGACACAAUUAAAGAAAGUUAUCGAUUUUACUGUUGCUGAAUUGCAAUUAAUUUCAAUUUGUUGUGCCAGUUAAUGUUUUUAAUUAAAUAUGUAUUGUGAGGUUGGUGACGGGCGCUCCUGCACCUCUUCAAAUGACAAUUGAAUGCGGCUCUGAUGAGAAUCGUUCAUCAGCAAAAUCUAAGUCAGCUGAGUUAUCAAAUGGCAACACAGACCUUGACAUGAAUUCCUUCUGCAAUUUAAUUCAGAAAGCAAUACCAAAGGCAGUAGAAGACGGCAAAUUUAUCAUAGAACCAGAUACGGACGACGAUCUCACUGUCGAUAGUAAUAAUAUUAUCAGUUCAGCAGUGAGCCCACCAAGUGGCUUUAUUCCCAGAUUUUCAAAACCGAAAAUAUCAAAGCUAAAAAUUCCUAGACUAAAUGCUCCAAGGUUAAAACCACUAGAAAUAGGAAAGGCUCCGAAAGUAGGAGUCCCAAUGAAGCUCACAAUGCUAAGAAAAGUGUUAGAUGAAGAAACUAGUGCCGAAAGGAUGGAACGAUUCAAAAAUGGUGUACAAAAAAUGUUGCAUGUUGUUAAAGUGUUAGGACAGAUUGACCAGUAUUUAUCAGAGCGGACUAGAAUUGUUAUUGAUAAACUAUCUAAAACUUUUAUGGAAUGAUACUGUGAUUUAGUUAUGUAAAUAUAAAAUAGUUAUAUUGUAA